GAGUAGCUGUCUGCUGUCUAUUUUUUUAUGUCAUUUGUGAUUCAACGAUAUAGGAGGUUCCUGGGUACAUAUAGUGUAAGAAUUGAGUGGAUAUUUAUCGCGUCGUAGUAAAAUAUCGAGUAAACUUUUUAAAACAGUAGCUCUUUGUGCUUCGCUGAACUGAACUGAACUCACGGAAACAACGAUCGAUCUCGAGAAGAUGGGCCGAUCCCGUUCUAGAACGAAAUCACCGAGCAGACGGCGUCACAAGAGCAAGCAUUCUCGCAAGCGAUCCAAAUCGCGUGAGAAGCACUCCAACAACAAAUAUUCAGACAAACCGAAAGAACGUAGUUCCAAGUCCAGAAAACGAUCCCAUUCCGCAUCAUCCAGCAGUGGUUCAGAAGUAUCAGACGAUGUGCACAUCGUCAGUCACAAAAAACGCUCGUACAGAGAUAGGGAUCGAAAAAUGGAUGAAGUGGAAAGACUGGCAGAAAUGGAGCGACAAAGGAAAAAGAAAGAAUUAAUGAACAAAAUCUUCACUACGAGCACAGCUGGACGUCAGCGCGAGGUGGAACAAAAAAUGGUAGAGGAGGAAGCAGCCAAACGUAUUGAAGAACUUGUACAAAAAAGGGUAGAAGAGGAGCUUGAGAAACGUAAAGAAGAAAUUGAAGCAGAGGUGCAAAGGCGGGUGGAAGAAGCAAAGAGGGCUAUGGAGCGUCAAGUGAUGGAGGAGAUGGAAUGGAGGCAAGCAAAACUACGUGAGGAGGAGAAACGAAGAGAGGAGGAAGAGCGGAAGAAGCGUGAGGAACUAGAGAGGAUUAUGGAGGAGAACAACAGAAAGAUAGAAGAGGCUCAGAAGAAAUUGGCUGAAGAAAGAUUGGCUAUGGUCGAAGAACAGCGUUUAAUGGAAGAAGAAAGGCAAAAAAUGAGAAAGGAGCAUGAAAAACGCGUUAAGGAGGAACAGAAGAGGAUCUUAGGCAAAAAUAAUUCGAGGCCUAAAUUAUCCUUCACCCUAAAAUCGGUUACGUGAGUGUGUGUUGUUUCAUACAGUUUGAUGUGAUAUGUACACAAAAUCUUGUCAGUUUUUGUAUUUGGUUCGCGGGAACAGUCGUUACAGACCGCACCUACAUAAGUACAUUGUAGACGAAUGCAGUAACGUAAGAUCCAAAGUUCACCCUAAUGUAUUCAAAAUAGUUGUUGAAAUCAGGCAAGAUUGUAUUUUAUUUGAUUGUGAUGUUGAUGGAUGAUCAGAAUUAAAUAAUUCUCAUCUUGUGAGGUUUCAACACAGAUACAAAUGGGAUUUCACAUUAUGCGAGAGUACGCUAACAUCAGUAUGAACACAACAAAACAAGUUUUUAAUCAUGUAAAAGUAUAUAUAAUGGUAAAAAACACAUAAUAUCUUUAACUAAAAUAUACCUUUGAAAAAAGAUUUUAGCUUUAUAUAUCAUAUUUUGAAAUAUUUUUUUAAACAGUUGUGUCGCGUUCUAUCUGAUGUAAGUGUAUUGUAGCCUAUUUAAAUGUGUUCUAUAUGAUUUAUACAUAUGUAAUUUGUACAUUAUAAAUCCUCUAUUAUCAUCUUAAUAUACAGAAAUGCAAUAUUUUAUUUCAGUGAAACGAAUUAAAUCAUGUGCAUUGCAAAAAUAGUGAAUUAAUUGUUCAUAUUGUUAAAUUAAAUGUAAUUUUUUACGCAAGACAUCGUGAAUAAUAAUCGCCAUUAUAAUUUUCAUUUUUUUCAACAGUUAUCUAUUUUAUGAACAUAAUAACAUAUGAAUCUGAAUAUCUGAAAUAUAAUAACAUAAACAAUUUUCACAGCAGUGUGAUAUAAUCAAGCAACUAUUUUACAAUUAUGAUUAUACACAUCCACAUUUUUAGAAUCUGACAAAAAUGUAUUUAUUCUGCAAAAUGAGAAUGAAAUGAUGAUUUUACAAUAAAAAGACAAAUUAAAA